CAUCGCAUGUAUGCAGCAUCAUCAUCAGCAGCAGCAGCAGCAGCAGCAGCGUGAGCAGCAGCGUUAGCAGAUAAGCAACAAGCUGCUCGAAGCGCGCAGGAAGAGCAUCCACGCGCACACUAACGUUCGACAUUUCCCCCUCCAUCAUCACCACGACCUCUUUCCCACCACCACGGACACCAGUGCUGAAACCUCAGCAUUCACCAUUGCCUGCGACUAAGCUCAAGAUGAGCGCCUCGGAGAGUCGAUCAGCCAGCGGCGAGGUCGUGAAAGGUGCCAACGGAGCUCUGUCCUCGUCCGCUUGGCCUGCUGCCGAGCCUUCGCUGAUCUCAAAGGCGUUGGGCACAGCCAGCGCGCAAGCUGAUGCCGAUGCUCAACAUCCUCACCAAGCAGAGAUGAGCAGAGAGGAAAUGCCAAAGGCUCGCGUGGCACCGGAUCACGUCAAGGAUAUGCACGGUGCUCAUGCGGAACAGGUCCCUGCUCUGGCUGUAGGCGAUACCGAACGAGCAGUAGAUCCUGGAAUCGAUGACUUGGGCUGGAGCCAGGAUCCAAAAGUGCCAGUGCCCGUCCUGCACAGCAUCAAGAAUGAAGAGCUCUGGCAACUCAUUCGUCGAUUCAACAAUUCGGUGGCGCAUGUCAAGUUCAUUGAGCGACCCCCGCCCGGAGGCAUGGAUCUCAACAUCGCCGACAAGGACCCCUUCUCUCCCGAGAAGCUAAAGAGCACCUUGGAGCGCAUAUACCUCACAGUCGGUCUCGGAUUCGCCAGCUUCUUCAAGCACAUUGCCCGCAUUCGUUCAUGGCACGAGCAGAGGCGCACCGCCGUCUUUGCGGGCACAUACGCGCUCGCAUGGCUCUUGGACAUUGUCGUGCCUGCCCUGAUCUCCUUUGUCGUGCUGCUUUUGGUCUCUCCUCGUUCCAGGCGCGUCCUCUUUCCCCCAGCUCCAUUGGCCGCCAUCUCUGCCAAGACUGGGGAAGCCAAGGUGCCGAAAGCUGGUCAUUUGGGUAGCGAGAGCCUUACAGGGGCAAAGGAGAGCUACCAGGGGGAAGCGGCGGAAAAGGAAGCAGAACAUGCCGUCAAGAGCAUCUCGAAAUUGGCAGUGAGCACCGCCAUAGGAGGCGGUCAUCAGAGCACGGGCGAUGCAAAGGCAAAAGCAGGCGGCCAAGAGGAGAGCGACGAGGAUUCGGAGAAUUACAGCAUCAGUGAAAAGGAUGGACAAGUCAAGGUGGAGGAGCCAGUCGCUGCUCUCACCUCCUCCGCUCAUGCCGCUCAAGAUGCCACCACUGCCGAUGACAAGGGCACAUCCCAGACUGCCGCUGCUGCUGUGGACCAAUCGCUCUGGAACACCAUGCAACCCUUUCUGCACGCUCUAGAGGACUUGGCAGACACGUGGGAACGAUUCGGCAAUGCGCUGUCACCCAUGGCUCCCUUUUCGCGGCAUCGGGCGCGCGCCUUUUUGGGAGGAAUCCUAGCACCCUUGGUCGUGGUCUCCUACUUUACCUCCAUUUACGUCGUCUACCGAGGCACCACGGCCGGCCUAGGAUUCGCCUUUUUCGCUCAACCUCUGUUCGAUAAGCUGGCCAUUUCCGACCUUCGAAAGCUUUUGGAUGAAAAGGUUCCCAAUUGGAAGGAGUACCUCGAAUUGAGGAACAGCAUCCUAAAGGGCGUACCCACCAAUGCUCAGCUCACCAUUACCUUGCUUCGUAUUGGAGAGGCCAACAAGUCGCCGCUCCCACCUCCGCCGCCUUCCAACGUUGCGCCGGAACCGGAGGCUCUAGAGGGCCACGAGAUGGCCGACGACUCGAAUCUUCCGCCAGAGUACAAGGAGCAGUUGAGAGAGGCAGCGCAGGAGCAAAAAGAAGAGGAGGAGGAAGAAGUUUCGGGAGGUGAUACCUCUUCGGGAAAGCAAAAGGCGAAAAAAGGUUCUCGAUUCUUGCGUUUCCUCAAAGGCACCACUGCUGGUGCGACCGAGACUGCUUUGGGGGCCAAUCGGGUCAAAGCUAGCGUGGGUGUGGAGGUGGCGAAACGCAAGGUGGGCGUGGUGAAGAAGACGUUGGGACCGGAAGCUUCUGGCGAUGGUCCUUCUUCCUUUCACGCCAGGUUCAAGGGCAAAAGAGGUCUGCUGCUCAUUAGCACCACCGCCACCACGCCAUGCGUCUCUUUUGAAAAGCGUCAACCUGCCCAUGCUCGAGCUGCAUUGGCAGCGGCCGAAGCAGCGGCAGCAGCAUCUCGAGCGGAUGGCAAGGAGGAGGAGGAUGGGGAAGCUGCGAAGAAGUUGGCGGAUUUGGCGGAAAAGGCUAGACCUGCGCCCCUCUUUAGCUUGCAGAUCGACGAGAUUCGCAGCGUAAAGAAAUUGGGAGGCUUGGGCAUCACGGGCAAAUUGCUCGUUGGAUGGGCGCUGGAUAGCGUCGUUGCUGAUGGUCUGGAGAUCGAGACGAGCAGCGGUCAGACGUUCAUAUUGUCCGCCCUGCCUCGCCGAGAUGAGGUCUUUAAUCGUCUCGUAUCCCUUGGCAAACAACAGUGGGAGGCUUGGUAAGGUUGUGCUCCCCCACUCCCACACUUUCAGCUGGUGUCUUUUUUCUUUCUUUUUUCCGCAUUUGUGCAAGCGCUCAGUUCCACGGGCCAUAGGACUCGCAUCAACCUUCCCGUUGCCCCGCCCCCUCCCAAACAUUCACAUGUAAAACUCGCGUCUCGACCACGUUCCAUCUCGUCAAUCCAAUACGCUUCCUAAAGGGAGGAAAAGAGCGGAGG